CGUGUGACAAGGACAUUAUCGAGCCUGGACUUGAUGCUGCAGUGGGUGUAGAUUUACAAUCGUCCCCGCGUCACAUCUCUUUAACUAUGAUUUCCCGUUCAAUAUCCUCAUGGGGCCGGCUCCCAUUGCCGGGAUCAAGUCUUCGUCUAUCUGCCCAGACUAAUUCGAGAUGCAUGGAUUCUGGAAGACGAUUCUUCACUCGCAAUUCAGUUCUAAGCCAAAAUAUUAAUGCUCCCUUCAAUACACCUCAAUCGCAAAAGCGCAAUGCGUCCACCAUGUAUUAUACCAUGAGUAUUAUUCUCGGUACCGUUGCUUUGGCCUAUGGCUCUGUUCCUCUGUAUAAAAUGAUCUGCCAACAAACUGGCUGGAAUGGUCAACCAUCUACUACGCAUCGCGGAGGCGACAACGAUACCGCAUCUCGUGUCAAACCCGUGACAGACGCCCGUCGGCUCAGAAUCACCUUCAAUGGAUCAGUGUCGGAUGUUUUACCGUGGAAAUUCACUCCGCAACAACGCGAAGUCCGUGUGCUUCCGGGAGAAACAGCGCUUGCUUUCUUUACAGCUACAAAUAAGGGUCCCACCGACAUCAUUGGCGUUGCGACAUACAGUGUGACCCCUGGUCAGGUUGCACCCUAUUUCAGCAAGAUUCAAUGCUUCUGCUUUGACGAGCAGAAGCUGAACGCCGGGGAAUCGGUCGAUAUGCCGGUUUUCUUCUUCAUCGACCCUGACUUCGUCACGGACCCAAACAUGAAAGGCAUUGACACUAUCACUUUGUCAUACACUUUUUUCAAGGCACGAUACGAUGAUAACGGGGUGCUCACGCCAUUGCCUGCGUGAUGAUAUCUGUAGACCCUUGCUCACUUUGUUUUCUUGACACCAGCUCAGGCGCCUGUGACAGAGAGGCUCUCAUCAGAGGAAAGCCUCUGACGACCUGUAAUCGAGCAGGUUUCAGUAAAGACACCUGCUUGUCAACCUCUUUCAUAAAGACCUCACAUCUCCCUCCUCCGGCAAAUACUCUCCAAGCCACCAUAGCAGAUAACCUUUGGCGUCUAUUCGGGUUUUGUACUAUAGAGCAUGUAUAUACAAAGAACUACCAGUAUGUGUACGAUAUGGGUAGGAAAAUUUCCUUGUAUAUUGCCUACCGGCCCAGAGUUUGAAUCAUUGCCG